GGCAGGCUGAUCAUCGAGGCUCUACGCUCGGACGUUUUUCGCUUUCAUUCACGUCAGAUUGAUACUCUCAAACCCGGACGUAACCAACGCCUAGUCGCCGGAGAGAAACGAUGCAGACCAUAAAGUGUGUGGUGGUUGGGGAUGGAGCUGUCGGAAAGACCUGUCUGCUCAUCUCAUAUACAACCAACAAAUUCCCCUCCGAAUAUGUUCCUACGGUGUUCGAUAAUUAUGCUGUCACGGUGAUGAUUGGAGGGGAACCGUAUACACUGGGGCUUUUCGACACAGCAGGGCAGGAAGACUACGACAGACUUCGGCCUCUCAGCUAUCCGCAGACAGACGUCUUCCUUGUCUGCUUCUCAGUUGUUUCUCCUUCCUCCUUUGAGAAUGUGAAAGAGAAGUGGGUACCAGAGAUCUCUCACCAUUGUCCACGCACUCCAUUCCUUCUUGUGGGCACUCAGGUGGACCUGAGGGAUGACAGUAACACUGUGGAAAAACUUGCCAAAAACAAGCAGCGCCCCAUAUCACCCGAGAGUGGGGAGAAGCUGUCCAGAGACCUCAGAGCUGUCAAAUACGUGGAGUGCUCCGCUCUCACACAGAGAGGUCUGAAGAACGUAUUCGACGAGGCAAUUCUCGCUGCCCUUGAACCUCCUGAGACCAAACCCAAGAAGCGCUGCAUCCUUUUGUAGGAACACAAGCAGUGGGUGAUGCACUCACUCCAUCAAGAGAGGCAGAAAAAAAGAAACAUGGGGGUUUAAGGUUGGUAGGGCUUGGCUUUGGAGUGGAGAUGAGUUAUAAUUUGGAAAAAUCAUGGGAACAAAACGGCAAAAACAAAAAAAAAAAACUGUGAUACUGGAGGAAUUUGGCGACAUAAAAAAGGUAUUGAUAACAAAUAAAUGCACACUGUGCCUUUCUAAAUGUAUCUAGAACAACAGAAGAAAUUUGAGAACCCUGGAACCAAUAAUUCCCUGACAAAACAAAGAGUAUAUCAAUAAAAACAAAAGAUACAGGUGCACUUUAUGCAUGUGAUGUCUUACAGAACAACAUAAAGAUCCACUUUAAUGCUUUAAGUGUCAGUCACGCAUAAUCUUCUCCCCAAAAAAUGUAAUAUCUGCGUGACAGUGGCACUAAUACAUGAGAUUAAAAGCUUCAGGUUUUUGACGGCCAACAAAAAUGAAUGAUUUGAAACACUUUCACUGGACACACAUCAGGUUCUGUCCGUGACACAUGCUUUGCUCUAAAGCCGCACAAGGAUGGUUCGCACACAAUGCCGAUAAACAGCACAUUUCAUAAAGUGUAAAGCCGAACAUGCUGACUGCUCUGAUGAACACUUCUGCAGGACUCAGCUAUUUGUAACCUGUGGAUGGUGUGUGUGUGCUCGCAGUAAGCUGAUUUCAGCUUUCUUGAAUCUCCUCUGAGCUUUUUGCUACGUUGCAGAAUUGCCAUUGGCACAAAAGCGAUUCUUGACAAAUUUGCCUUUUAGUGUUGUUAUGGGUUCCGAUUUGUGUCUUUUUUUUAUUAUUAUUAUCUUUUAUAUGCCAUUCCUAGACACCGGGCUCCCGCAACACCUUUAGGCAGGUUCUGUCGUGUAUGUUAUUAACAUGUACUGGACUGAAUUGGGCACAAAAGCAAGCUAACGUGAUUAUCCUGGGCAUUUAAUUAGCUCUAAUCACUGUGGUGUUGAAUUGGAGAGAUGCAAAAUAAACCGUAAUCAUUUUAGAUAUUAUAACUAUUAAAAACUGUUUUAAUGUUGGAUCAGAGUGUUAUGGCCAUAGUAGUCUCAGUCUAUGACCACAUCCCCUUCUGAGUGACCGGUGUUAUAUGUGGUUUAUAAGAGAGUUUGGAACCUGGAUUUUAGUUCGCAAACAUUUAUUUCUUCUUGUAUGAGGCAGACUGUUCCCUUCUUCUGUGGUUCAUGCUCCUAGAAUCUCUCUUUAAGUGCAUUUACUCUCGUGCCAUCUGCUGGCCAUUUAGAAAACUGAACUUAUUUUUAUUUUUUCCCCCGUUUUGUUGUCUUUUGAGUAUGAUGUAUUAAAUGUAUUACUGUUUUUUGUUUCUCUUUUGGGUGAAUGAAUUUAGUGGUGAUAUUUUGAAACUUGAGUUUUUUUUAAAAAUGACUUUUUAUUUUAUUUUUUUUGCUAGAGUACCAUUUUGAUUGUGAUUUAUGAAAGAAAUAACAUUUUGAAAUAUAAUAUUUUGAAUAACCAAUCUUAACAGUCGUGUGAGUUAAAAGGAGGAGGUAAACUGAUGAUGAUGGUUUGAAAUGUGGCCUUUUUCUUAGUCCUGCGGUGUUUGGAAUCUCACUAUAUUUGUAAUAAAAUGGAGCGACUGACA